AUGGCCGAUUCCAUCCCAAUUCCAGUCUGUUCUACGAGGAAUCGGUUCUACCUGUCGACACGAAUUGAUGCUACCGAUGUUCUCACUAGAUCAUCGACCUUGGACCGUUUCAGCUAUGGUUCAGUUACUCCGUACAGCAAGGGAUACAGCUCUCCAUCCUCCCCCAAGCCCCCAUCGUCUCUCUAUGCCUUGUCCUCUUCCGUCUUGUCAUCGUUUAACCGGUACACUGGCUCAUUCAUCGCCCAUUAUGCCUGCUCCAUGGCCUCCUUCAUCCUUUCACCUUCCUCUAUCUUUCCGUACCUCCAGAGCCUCUGCCAUACAUAA